GGCUCAACAGUCAGACGGGGUCGAGCCAAAUAUCGGCCGUUCUGGUCAGUCCGGAACUGGCGCGCGAAGUGCAAGGAAUCAUGAUGCGCUCCCUCGUGUUCCUGGCGCAGCUUUGGCUGUGCCGCAGUCAGACAUGCUGGGCUGGCUUUCCAGAUGGAAGGUCUUUCGUUCCUGGUAUGCUGGUGCUCCCGAUGGGCCAAGAUGAGUGCACCACCACCACAACAGGAACUAUGACAGCUACCACUAUGACAGUUACCACGUCUACAUCAUCAACAGCCACAGUCACCGCAACAAGUGUCACAGCAACCGCUACCACCACGACUAGCAUCACGGCCACAACUGUGACGACGACCAGCGUUACAGCGACCAGCGUGACAACAACCGCAACCACUGUCACAACAACCAGUGUUACAGCAACGACUGCGACAACAACCAGUGUUACAGCAACGACUGCGACGACGACCAGCGUGACAGCAACAACCGCGACGACGACCGCAACCACUGUCACAACAACCAGCGUUACAGCAACAACUGUGACGACGACCAGCGUGACAGCAACAACCGCGACGACGACCGCAACCACUGUCACAACGACUAGCGUUACAGCAACGACUGUGACGACGACCAGCGUGACAGCAACAACCGCGACGACGACCGCAACAACUGUGACAACAACCAGCGUGACGGCUACCAGCGUGACAGCAACCGUGACAACUCUCACAACGACCAGCGCUACUGCGACAGCCACAACAAAAACAGCAACGACCACCACAUCAGUGACAUCUACCGCGACUACUACAACGACACUUGUUUUGACGUGCGUCACACCCUUCGAGCAGAGUGCCGAUGGAGAGGAAUUCUCUCAGCUGAACCGAGCUGCCAGUUCAAGUUGCGACGGCUUGAGCCAGUCCUCAUUCUGCAGCAUGACGUUUGGUACAGGGAGUGCAGGGGCGUUGUCUGAAUGUGUGGUGGCCGGGAGUUAUCAGUGGUUCUGUCCGAAAAAUCUGGUCUCGCAACAGUUGUAUGCGGCAGAGGCGUACAUCCAAUGCCGUGCUUGCAGUGGCUCAUACGUCGACACGGAUGACAUGCUUGGAGAGUACAAAGGCAUGCUGACCUUCGGCCCGAACAUGAAGAACGGCUCCGUGGACGAGAGCUUCGUGGACGUUUACCUCGUUUAUCCCGUGGAUGAUUGUGGCCACAUCGAGAAGGGCGCUUCUCCGCUUGUGACAGUGGCCAAGAGCACGCCAAACGCUGAGUGCUGCGAGCACUCCAAGUACUCAGUGGAGCUGAACAUUACCAGCACUACUUUCACGAAGAUCGUGGUGGUGCCCGGCGCAACGACCGGUGGGGUAACAUCGCACCUUGAUGAUGGACUUGUGAUCGACCUGGUUGAUCUGACCACCACGUCAACCACCACCAACACGGUCACAGUUACCAUGACCACGUCCAUGACGACGACGAUGACGAUGUUCGACGACGGUGCCGCCCUUUCCGGCAGUACCCAAUUACGAUUUGCAUUUGGCUCCCUGAUGGCCCUGGCCCUGGUCCUGGCGUGAAAUCCGCUUUGAGUUCCUCCAUUUAAAGCAGUGGAGAGAACGCACAACGAAAAUUCCAGCCGCAGCCUUUGCUGGGACACAACCAAUUGUUGGGUUCGCGAUGAUUGCCUGAGUGUCGGAAGCAUUGUGCCUGCACACGUUUGUCUCACAUCCUCACCGCAAACUGCAUGCAGCUUACAUGAGAAAAGAAAACCGUGCAAACUGCGCAUUGGAAUCUGAGCACACGAUGCUUAGCGCCCAUUGCGCGAACUGGCUUGCGAACUCAAUAUCCUUUGCUCAUUCC